AUGGCCCUGUGGAAGCUCCUCGGAGCCGGCGGACUUCUGUUGGCCGGCUUGAACGGUGCGGCAGCAGAGCCGUUUACGCCAAAACACGAAGCCGGACGAUGCGCAAUUCGAGGACACUGCGGAUCGAAGAGUUUCUUCGGCAAACAGCUGCCCUGUGUUGAUAACGGUCUUGCCGAGGACCCCGACGAGAAGCUGCGACAGCAGAUCGUCGACCUCUGCGGAGCGAAAUGGAACUCAGGACCGGUGUGCUGCGAUGCUGAGCAGGCAACGCUCGCCUCCGAGCUCGGCACCCCGAACCAGAUCGUAUCCUCCUGCCCUGCCUGCAAGGACAACUUUUUCAACCUGUUCUGCACCUUUACUUGCUCACCCGAUCAAUCAUUGUUCCUCAAUGUCACCAAGACGAUGGAAAAGAACAAGAAGGAGAUGGUCACCGAGCUGGACCAGCUGAUCUCCGAGGAAUACGGAACUGGUUUCUACGACAGCUGCAAGGAGGUCAAGUUCGGACCCUCCAACUCCAAGGCGAUCGACUUCAUCGGCGGCGGCGCCAAGAACUACUCGCAGCUGCUCAAAUUCCUGGGCGACGAGAAAAUCAUCGGCUCGCCGUUCCAGAUCAACUUUCCCACCACCUACACCGAGCCCGAUAUGGCGCCCCGGGAGAUGACGCCCAAGAAGUGCAACGACGAGGACCCCAACUUCCGCUGCGCCUGUGUCGACUGCCCUGCGGUGUGCCCUGAGCUCCCGGCCGUCAAGAAGCCCGGCGAAUGCCAUGUCGGUGUGCUGCCUUGCCUUUCCUUUGCGGCCAUCUUCUCCUACAGCGUCCUCCUCUUCUCCGCCAUCGCUGCCGUCGUUGGCCACGUUUACUGGAGGCGACGCGCCAGGAGGGAGAGCGAGCGUCUCAGACUCCUGCAGGACGCCUCUCCCAGCGACGACGAGGACGAGGGUGAUCUGGUUCAAAACGGUGCUAUGUUUGACCGCCCUCAGCGCUACUACAAGAUCAACACGUGGUGUGACGCGGCCUUCAGCAAGCUAGGACACGCGGCGGCGCGUUACCAGGGAAUCACUAUUGGUCUCUCCCUCAUCUUCGUCGUCAUUCUCAGUGCCGGCUGGGUCAGGUUCGACAUUGAGAAGGACCCCGCUCGCCUCUGGGUCAGCCCUACGUCUCCUGCUGCGCAAGAGAAGGCCUUCUUCGAUGACCAGUUCGGUCCCUUCUACCGUGCCGAGAAGGCGUUCUUGGUCAACGACCAGAACGGCCCUGCCCCCGUCCUCAGCUACGACACUCUGCUCUGGUGGAUGGAAGUCGAGAAGAGCGUCAAGCAGCUGAAGGGUGCCAAGUAUGGUGCUACCCUCAAUGACAUCUGCCUGAAGCCGACCGGUACCGCCUGCGUAGUCCAGUCCGUUGCGGCCUACUUCGGGAAUGAGCCUUCGCUCGUCGGACGGGACACCUGGCAAGACCAGCUCCGACAGUGCGCGAAAUCGCCUGUUGAGUGCCGCCCAGACUUUGGCCAGCCUAUCGAGCCGAACAUGAUCCUCGGAAACUACGAGGAAGACCCUGCCAAGGCCACCGCCAUCACCAUCAACUGGGUCGUCAAGAACGCCGCCGAGGGCACCCCUGCCGUCGAGCGCGCCAUGGACUGGGAAAAUGCCCUCCGCGAUCGCCUCCUCAUUGCCCAGGAGGAAGCCAAGGAGCGCGGACUACGCCUGUCGUUCUCAACGGAGGUCAGCUUGGAGCAGGAGCUCAACAAGUCCACCAACACCGACGCCAAGAUCGUGAUCAUCAGCUACAUCAUCAUGUUCCUCUACGCCUCCCUCGCCCUGGGCUCCACCACACUGUCCAUCCGUGACAUGAUCAGGAACCCCUCCGUUGCUCUGGUUCAGUCCAAGUUCAGCCUCGGCGUCGUCGGUAUCCUCAUCGUGCUCAUGUCCAUCAGCGCCUCCAUCGGCCUCUUCUCCUGGGCUGGUCUCAAGGCCACCCUCAUCAUCGCCGAGGUCAUCCCCUUCAUCGUCCUUGCCGUCGGUGUAGACAACAUCUUCCUGAUUGUCCACGAGUUCGAGCGCGUCAACGUCAGCCACCCUGACGAGAUGGUCGAGGAACGCAUCGCUAAGGCCCUCGGCCGCAUGGGACCGUCUAUCCUCUUUUCAGCUUUGACCGAGACUGUCGCCUUUGCUCUUGGAACCGCCGUCGGCAUGCCAGCAGUCCGCAACUUUGCUGCCUACGCCGCCGGUGCUGUCUUCAUCAACGCCAUCCUUCAGAUCACUCUGUUUGUGUCUGUCUUGGCUAUGAACCAGAUCCGCGUCGAGGACCACCGAGCCGACUGCAUCCCCUGCCUCCAAGUUAAGGCCGCUCGGGUCCACCUCAGCGGCAGCAACGGGAACGGCAGCGCCAGGUUCUACGAGGUUCCCGAGGAAAGCCUGCUUCAACAGUUCAUCCGCCGAACCUACGCCCCUGCUAUUCUCGCCCGCCAGGCCAAGGUCGCCAUCAUUGCGGUCUUCCUCGGUAUCUUCGCCGCGGGAAUCGCUUUGAUCCCGGAGGUCCAGCUCGGUCUCGACCAGCGCGUCGCCAUCCCGGAUGGAUCCUACCUCAUUCCCUACUUCAACGAUCUCUACGCCUACAUGGAGACCGGCCCUCCUGUUUACUUUGUUACCAGAGAGUUUAACGCCACCCAGCGCAAGCACCAGCGUGAGAUAUGCGCCAGGUUCACGACCUGCGACCAAUUCUCCCUCGCCAACAUCCUAGAAGGCGAACGCAAGAGGCCCGAGGUCUCGUUCAUCUCCACGCCCACUGCCAGCUGGAUUGACGACUACUUCCAGUGGCUGAACCCCGACCUCGGCGACUCGUGCUGCGUCGAGAACGGCAAGGCAUGUUUCGCUGACCGCAACCCGCCGUGGAACAUCACGCUCUCCGGCAUGCCGCAAGACGGAGAGUUCAUCCACUACCUCGAGAGAUUCCUCAAGGCGCCCACCAAUGAUGACUGCCCGUUGGGCGGUCAGGCCGCGUACAGCGAUGCCGUGGUGAUCGACUCCGAGAGGGACACCAUCCCGGCCAGUCAUUUCAGAACCAUGCACACGCCCCUGCGCAGCCAGGACGACUUCAUCAACGCCAUGUCGGCUGCCCGCAGAAUCGCAUCCGACAUCACGCGCCAGACGGGCGUCGACGUCUUCCCUUACAGUCUCUUCUACAUCUUCUUUGACCAGUACGCCAGCAUCGUCUCGCUGACCGGUGCUCUUCUUGGUUCCGCCGUGGCCAUCAUCUUCAUCAUCUCCUCCAUCCUCCUGGGAUCGCUUCUCACUGCCCUGGUCGUCACCGUUACGGUUUGCAUGACGGUGGUUGACAUCAUCGGCGCCAUGGCAGUGUUCGGCGUCUCCCUCAACGCAGUCUCGCUGGUCAACCUGAUCAUCUGCGUGGGCAUUGGCGUCGAGUUCUGCGCACACAUCGCGAGGGCCUUCAUGUUCCCGUCCCGCACCGUCAUGGAGCGAGCUAAGAACCGCUUCCGUGGACGUGACGCGCGCGCGUGGACCGCCCUUGUCAACGUGGGAAGCUCUGUCUUCUCCGGCAUCACGGUCACUAAGCUGUUGGGAGUUUGCGUCCUCGCUUUCACGAGGUCCAAGAUCUUUGAAAUCUACUACUUCCGUGUCUGGCUGGCCCUUGUCGUGUUCGCCGGCACCCACGCCCUCAUCUUCCUCCCUGUCGCCCUCAGUCUGUUCGGCGGCGAGGGAUACGUCGACCCCGAGAGCGAGGGCGGCAUCGAGGAGGACCUGGCCAGCCGGCGAUACCGAGCGCUGGUCCCCGAUGAGGACACCGACUCUGAUGAUGAUUAUUAG